UGAAGAAGUUUUCCACUUUUUCGAUGAGUUCUUGAGCGGGCGGCGCCACCAUCGCCACCAUUGAUGCAAAAUGGAAAUAGGAAAAAUAGAAAGUGCAAUUGUAGCGGUAAAUAGGUGUGGAGCCGAAUCGUGAGUGGAGCACAGAAUAGAAAAGAACAAAGAUUCGGGAAUUUCGGUAUUUAUUGUUUAUUUGGCGUUAGUGCUGGAGAAGAGAAAACUGCACAAAGUGGAUUUGGAUGUUUGCGCAUGGAAGAAAAAGUGCUGAACAGUGGCUAGGAAUUGUGUGCACAAAUAAAUGCCACUGGCAAAAUGUAUUGAAGGAGUAGACAUGGACCAGCAGAGGAACCCAAUAGCAAGAAACUUUUAGCGGAGCGUAGGGUGACAAAACUCAAGCAAGUGUGUGCGAAAAGAAAGUUGAGGAGAAGCGCGGCGUGCAUGCUUUUGCUUUGCAUAGCAUUAGUGUUUUAUUUUUGGAUAAUAUAAAAAUAUAAAAAGAAAAGUCACAAAAUACCAAAUAUCGAGAGCAUUAUUAGGCUAAAUAGCACAUUUACUUGGUCGUUUGCGAUGUUGCUGGCAAAAGAAGAUUAGGGCUAGGCAACGAACUUAUAGAAAAAUGAACUGAACUAACCAAUGCCACGGUUUUAAAUUAGUAAGUUUGAUAAAUGAUUUGCUGGUAGAUAUUGAAAGAAAAGCUCAUUGAAAAAGUGAAAAAAAGCAGUGAAUACGAAAUGGAAAACGAGAAGUUACGCAUCACACUAAGCAACCCGGAAAAGGUGUAUUCUGCGGGUGAAACAAUAAAAGGCGAAAUUUGGUUAAAUCUAGCCAAGCGCACAAAAAUACGGGCUAUAAAAGUUCAAAUUACCGGCAAAGGUAAAUGCAAAUGGAUGGAAAUAUUGCGUAAGAAUUCCAACAACGAAUCAGCGCGUAGUCUCUUCUAUUCCAGCAAAGAAAUUUAUGCGCACAACGAACACACACUUCCCGUCUUUGAACCGCGUGGCAUUGAACUGAGUCCCGGCGAGCAUACAUUCGAAUUUACAGUACCACUCGAAUGGAACCUACCCUCCAGUUUUAAGGGUAGCUACGGCUCCAUCAAGUAUAAGCUGCGCUUACUCAUCCAACGACCAUGGACCUUUGACGAACGUCAUAUAAUACCAUUGACGAUAUUGAAACAUAUGCCACUCUCGUCAUGUUAUCGAUCGAAUCCCACCUCGCUGGAGAAGCAAAUCACCAAGACUAUUAGUCUCUUUGGCACACGUCCCAUCACAAUGCUGGCAUUGUUGCCCGAAGAUUCGGCGGUGCGUGGCGAACCAUUGCGCAUUUGUGUCACAGUUACUAACAACAGCACAACGAAUGUGGAAAAGUUACGUUUCAGCGUGCUACAGUAUAUUUGGUAUUACAGCCAUGUACCGUUACGGGUGCAGAAAAUGGAAUGCGUGACAAUUGCCAAUAAAGAGACUGGUGCAGUGCACAAGAAGAGCGAACGUUCCUUCGCGCAUGAGCUGAUGAUACCGCCCACAGCGCAGCCAACAGACGAUGAACUGAGUGGCGUAAUAAAUAUAUCAUAUGAAUUGCGCGUCGAAGCGGUACUACGUGGCUUCUUCAAGAAUCUUGUACUUAAUUUGCCCUUUAAGAUGUAUUCACGUAGUGCUGGUGGUGAGUUGAAUAACUUAUCUGGUCGUCCACCACGACCACCACCACGAUAUGGCAAUCGGAAUAGUGUCAGCAUUGGUAUGGUAGCAAACAUAACAACUAGUAGUGCUGGAAAUCCAUUUGAGAAUAGCGGCACUCCCCUGACUGUUGCAACUUAUCCUUCGCUCGACUCAUCAAUCGGUUCGCCAUCUCACUCAUCACAAUACAGCGAAUCCAGUUCAAUACAUUCGAUCACUUCCGACUCCUCGGCGGCCACCUUGAGCCCCGCUGUAUGUGCCGCAGAACUCUCGUACGCUUCAGGUACAUCAUCACAAUUCAAUAGUCCUUCGGCGCGUGCUAGUCUACGCAGUUCAACGGUGCCCUAUGUCAUGUAUCCACCGAGCAGUAGUCCUCUUAUGAUUAACUCUUAUCCGCCAGCACAAGUGCCCACAUAUCCGCCGCUCUCUGAAUCGCCUGGUUAUUCACUGAUGCAACUGCCAGCAGGUGUGUCGCCGCCGCCGCCACCACCUACAGAAAUGCCUUCGCCUACUGCGUCAUUGACAACUACACUGCCACGUCAGGAAUCUUCCACAUCGUCGACGUCAGCUGCAGCGCGAUCGUCGUUUCUGCAUGGACUACAUCCGCCAGGAGCGCACGAAAUGCCACCUUCCUAUGAAGAACUCUUCGGCUCCGCCACUGCGCCACCUGAGACGCCCAAAUGAUACAGUGACUAUUUGUAAGAAAUAUUGUAAGAAAUAUAAAUUUCGCAUCUAUUCGAAACACAUUUAACUCAAUAGUGAAAGAAGUAUACUUUAAGGCGCCAAAAGUUACUAAACCCACCCAGAAAUGUAAAACGUAUGGACUGCAGGACACGCCUAUUUUUACGGUGGGCAAACCCGGAAAAGCACUGAACAAAUUUGAAUGUGAAUUAGUCAUAGUUGUGCAAACCCGAUUUGGUAAAACAUAUGGUGAACUUAAAUAAAAAUUCACGGUAUGCGUGAAUUAUCGUUAGCAUUUAAGGCAAAGCCAGUUAGUUUUAAGACAUACAUAUAGUGGCGUUCAAAAUAAUAGCAGGAAAAUUCAAAACGGUGCUGUUGGCAACUUAUCUAUAUUUAGUUAUUGUUAAUUUUCAUUUAAAACAUGGGUCGAUCUAUAUCAGAAAUCACAUAAAUAAAAGUUUCAAAGCUUAUACAAAUUUAAAAAAAAUUAUUGAAACUUAAAAAGUUGUCAUCA